UCAACUGGUCGGAGUUGCCGUCAAUCAUCUAGAGCAGACUCCACCCGGUCUCCAUUUGGCCAGCAGCUGAAAAAAAUUUCGAGCAUUUACGGAGAGGAGAUUGUGGCUUCUCUAAUUGCUCGCUCUAGAGAUCGGAAUCUACAAGAGAAGUUGUUGACGAGUAUCUAUUGGCGGCCCUCGGAAUGGAGCACUAAGGGAGGAUCCAGGAAGGCGGAGAAAUAUGGAAUGGGUCCCCGCAGCUUCCUCCAUCUGAGGCCGAGCCCCACGCGCAUCUCUCCGAGCUAGUGUGCGAAGUGGAGAGCAGCUGCUCCCGCCGAGGCCCACGGCGGCUGCGCCCCGGCAUCCGCUCCGCAGACGCACCCGAGGUCGGCCUUGAACUUGACCUCAGACUGGAAGUGAGCGCCGCGGGAGCGGGGCUGGUGCAUCGGUUUUCUUCAAGGAAUUCUGCUAUUGCUCUGUCUUUCCCUGUGCCUGAGGCCUUUGGACUUGCAUAAUGUUAUCAGCGGCCUUAAUUACUUUGGUGAGAAGUGGUGGGAACCACGUGAAGAAGAGAGUAUUGUUAAGAUCUGUCCUUCUGCAGGACAACAGACAGGUGACUCCUACCUGCUACAGCUCCAUUUCCGAGCCGAGGUGUUCUCGAUUCGAUCCCGAUGGAAGUGGGCAACCAGCUACUUGGGACAAUUUUGGGAUCUGGGAUAACCGUAUUGAUGAACCAAUUCUGCUGCCACCUAGCAUCAAGUAUGGCAAGCCAAUCCCCAAAAUUAGCCUGGAGAAUGUGGGCUGUGCCUCCCUCAUUGGCAAACGGAAAGAAAACGAAGAUCGGUUUGAGUUCGCACAGCUGACAGAGGAGGUGCUGUACUUUGCGGUUUAUGAUGGGCACGGGGGACCCGCAGCUGCUGACUUCUGUCACACGCACAUGAAAAAAUGUGUGAUGGAUUUACUGCCUCGGGAGAAAGACUUGGAAACUGUACUGACCUUGGCCUUUCUAGAAAUAGAUAAAGCCUUUUCCAGUUAUGCCCACCUGUCUGCUGAUGCAAGCCUCCUGACUUCUGGGACUACUGCAACGGUAGCCUUGUUGAGAGAUGGUAUUGAACUGGUUGUAGCCAGUGUUGGAGACAGCCGGGCUCUUUUGUGUAGAAAAGGAAAACCCAUGAAGCUGACCACUGACCAUACCCCAGAAAGAAAGGAUGAGAAAGAAAGGAUCAAGAAAUGUGGUGGGUUUGUAGCUUGGAAUAGUUUGGGACAGCCCCAUGUAAAUGGCAGACUUGCAAUGACAAGGAGUAUUGGAGAUUUGGAUCUUAAAGCCAGUGGUGUAAUAGCAGAACCUGAGACAACAAGGAUUAAGCUCUACCAUGCGGAUGACAGUUUCCUGGUCCUCACCACAGAUGGGAUUAACUUCAUGGUGAACAGUCAAGAGAUCUGUGACUUUGUCAACCAGUGCCAUGAUCCUAAUGAAGCAGCCCAUGCGGUGACUGAACAGGCAAUACAGUAUGGCACGGAAGACAACAGCACUGCGGUAGUGGUGCCCUUUGGUGCCUGGGGAAAAUACAAGAACUCUGAAAUAAACUUCUCAUUCAGCAGAAGCUUUGCCUCCAGCGGACGAUGGGCCUGAUCUCCAGCCUGGAUUCAGUGUUCCUAAGCAGCAGUGUAUCAGUGAGCAUAUCAAGAAACUGGUAAUACCCAAAAGGCCACCUGUACCCAUGAGUCCUUGUGACCUCAUAGGUCCUAAGACAAUGCAAGCUUACCCAGCCAUGCACACAGUAGUAUUUUCAUAAAUCCUCAUCAUCAUCAUGUUCCACUGUACAUGCUCAGUGCCAGCACCAUGACAAAGCUGUGAAGCCACUGUGAGACUGAGCUGAGUUGGACAGGAAGUAGUUAUGGUACACGUGAUGAAUUAUAAAUCUAUGCCUUCUGUUUUGUGAUGCUGGAGAUUGAAUCCGGGGCUUUCUAGUUUUUAAGAUUAUGAGGCAGAUCCGUUUUCUUUUUAAUGAUUUUGUCCUUUAUUCAGUUGAACAGGUUUUCUGAAUUUUGGUAGCUCAUCAAUGUGUUAUUUGCAGGCAUUUCUUUUUCUUUCUCAUUGUGUAAAAUGGUUCUCACUAGCUGGCCUUGAACUCCUGGGUUAAAAAGUCUUCCUACUUCAGUUUCCUGAAUACCUAGGCCUGUAGGAUGCUCCAAAUUAAAAAUGUUUUUUGUUUUCAUUUUUAAUUUUUUAGAGCAGAAUAAGCAUAGAUUUAUUAUAAAAUAGUAUUCCUGGAAGAUGCAGAAAUUCCAAGGGAGGAAUACACACAAGUGUUAUUUUUUUUUAAUAAAUGUACCAAGGAGUAAAAAUGAAAACUAGUAAGAGGUAACUUCCCUGUUACUGUAUCUUGUACUCUGGACCACAUAUUAGGAAAUUUAACCCUGCAAAAGAAACUUCUUCAGGCAAAAGAUAUGGCUAAAGUGUAUAUAUAUUUGUAAAUAGCUCUCUUGUGUAUUUUAACUAUUUUUAGCCCUUUCCCCAUCCAUCCCUAUUUUCUAUAGUCAAAUAUGCUAUAUAGCUCCAAUUGUCCCUUAAUCUCCCAAGGAGAAUGUAUAGACUCUGAUCAAAACAUGUACAGUGACACACUGACAGUGUUUGUGUUUGUUGACAAGAUGUAUGUAAGAUGGUUGUUGUGUUUUUGUGUAUGGUAUGUUUAUAUCUCCUUUUAUGCACAUAGUAAGCAAGUUGGGUCAUUUGUUAGUAAAGAUAAUAUUACAAUGACUCACAUUGCUAUAGACAUAGCUUGAGGUUUAUCUCUCCAUUUUCCUCAUUUCUGAGAUUUAUGAGGAAGAGUAAAUCUUUUAAAAGGGAUAUUCAAACAUGUCAGCUUGCUAUAUAAAUUAGGAAUAUAAAACGGCACUCCUUUUUACCCGCAUAUAAAUUUGCUGUUAAACUGUGAGUCCCUAAAUGUGCGUUUGGAAUUAAUCUACAGUUUAUUUUCACAAACCAUACAAAUUUGGUAUAUGUGUGAUGAGUGUAUAAAUAUUUUGAAGUAAUAUAAAAUUAAAGGGAACAGACUUGUGGAGCCUUUAUCAGUUAGCUUUAAAUUAUUGAUAUAUUUAUCUCGAAGGACACUCAACAAAUUGAGUAGUUUUCUGUAGUAAAGAAUCAGUGGUUGUUAGUAGAUAACCACUAUGGAUUAAAAAUAUGAAUGGGGGUCGGAUGUCUUGCCCUAUGCCUAUAAUCUCAGGACUUGGGAGGAGGAGGCAAGAGAGUCAUGAUGGCGACUUUGAGAUCAGCCUGGGCUACAUAGAAAGUUCCAGGGAAACCUGAACCACAGCAUCUCUCCCCCAAACAAAGUAUCUACAACAAUUAACUAUAAGAGACAUUUUAUUAUGUGUAAUUUAUGUGGAUAACCAAAGAACAGAAGCAACCACAUUGUGUGGUAAUUUAAAUGUAAAAUUAUGGGCUAUGAAAAGAUUAGGGAAUGUUGAGAAUGACUUGGAAUUUUGAGGCACAAACAAGAGAAAAAUAAUGAAAUAUAUAUGCCUUCAAGUCUGGUGUGUUUUCUUCCCUUUAACUUUUGUUUUAAAUAUGUAGUAGAAAGCAAGUAAAUUUUUUUCAUCUUGUUUUGGGGAAUGGAAGAAAAUGUAUUUUAACUUUACUUGCCUAUACUAGUUAGAACAGGCUCAAUAAAGAAUUUAAGGUCUUUUCAUGCACAUUAGUUGACAGGAGAAAAACAUUGUCCUGGGGUGUUAGCUUACAUGUGCAGUUCCAACAUGCAGCAGGCUGUGGCAGAAGAAUCUGAAAUUUGCUAUGAGCUACAUAGCAAGACCCCAUCUCAGGAGACAACCAAAACCCACAGGAAAGAGUCCAGUCUGUGUUCACUGUCUGAAAUGAAGACGCACAGGAAGACCAGCAGAGCUGAGACGCUUUUUUAUUGAAUCAGUUGUUGGGACAGAAUUAUAAAAACAACUUUUAAGAGCACAGAGAACUUGUAAACUAAUGGGCACAGCAAAAUUCUCAAGCUUAAAAAUGACAUUCUGGUGUGUAGGCUACAUUUCUGUUCUGAAUUCUUUGCAUUACUGCUUUUUUUUCCCCUUGAAAUUAGGGUUGAGAGUGAACUUGUGGAGUUCGGAGGCUUUGAGAGUCAAUGAUAGAUUGGGGUGAAUUCCAGAUUUGAUGAGGAGAAAUCUCUAGAUGAUGGCCUUGGGUGCCCUUGGUCCUGUUUCAUCUAGAAAAGAUUUUUGGUGCUGCUGGUGGUGGUGAGGUUUGGUGUGUGGUGUGUGUGUGUGUGUGUGUGUGUGUGUGUGUGUGUGUGUUUGGGUAGACUUGUCUCAGCCUCCUGAGUGCUGAGUAUGUAGGCAUACACUCCCAUGCCGGUUUUACCUGGAAGAAAUUUAAAACUCUAAUCCAGUCUUCCUUGAUAAGACAUAGAGUGCUGGUCUCAUAGGGGCUGGGCUGUGCCCUUUCCUGCAGGCUUUCUUAACACACAUUUGUUUAAGAUCAAACCUGAAUGAAACUACAGGUCAAUAUGAAAAAGAAUACACCUGUCUUUAUUUUCUAAGUCUCAGUGUUAAAAUAUAAUUUAAAGAAUAUCUUAUUAUAAUCCUAAGUGAUAAGCAUACAUGCAUGCUUCUGUUAUUAAAAAUGGUACAAUAGUGGAAAGAAAGGGUCUGUUCUUACAUGCUUUUUAGUAUGAAUUUAGCUGGGAGUUUGCCAUGUGGAUGUAGGCUUGAUAUAAAUGAUGUAAUACAGGAAGUGUAUUGGUUAUAUUUAUGUGUGCCUUUCAUUUACAUAAAGUAUAUAAAAAAACUUUUUUGUGUUGUCACCAGUCAUUUGGUAUUAUGAUAUUUUACAAUUAUAAAUUUAUAAAUAUUUUAUCAGUUCAGAAGUAAACAUAGCCUUGCUCUCUGUCAGCUGUUCAUUUGUUAGAAUUCCUUGUGUCUUUCAACUGUUUCAAAUUCAGGCAUUUUUCCCCCCUAGGGUCAAAAGAUUUCUUUGUGUUAUAUGAUAUGAAUUUCCCAUAUUACAAACAUUCUUAAAUUUUUACUUUGAAGAUGUAGUAACAUAUAAUCUAAAAUAUGGAAAUUAUUUGAAUUUGAAAUUAUUUAAAAUUUGAUUAUUAGUUAAUUUUUCUAACAAUGGAUAUGGAAUUAAUCUCAUGGUAACAAAACAGUAAGAAAAUGCUUCCAGGUGGGACCUGGUGAGUUCAAGUUUAGAAUUAACAACUGCAGCCAAGCAUUUGUGUGUUCCUUUACUGUCAGGUUCCCCACAUACUUGCGUCUGUAAAACCCUGUGCCAUGAGAUUUGGGCUCUUACAUCACAUUGAGUUUCCUACGUUUCAUUCUGAGAAUGACUUAAUCAGGAAUAACAAGUUGGGUUUUACAAGAUGAAUAAAGCCAAAUGGUGACAUGCCUGCUACAAUUGACAGCUGGAAUAAGACCCAUUGGUUCUGUGGCAGCUCCCCUGGUUGUGGGAUGGUUAGAAUGGUUUAUGAUGUAAAAUUCUGGGCUGUGAGAACUUAGAUGUGCGGCCCCACCAACUACGACGACUGACCUGACAGUGGGUUCUAGUGCAAAAGGCAGCACAGUGAUGUGACCUAAAUUAAUUGAAUUUCUACUGAAGCUCUCCUGUGGAUAUUUGUUUUGUAAUUUGCCGAAGUCCUGCUUGGUACAGUCACUUUGUGGUGAAUUUGACUAUUGUUUUAAAUGUAUGUGCUAGAGUAACUGAACAAACUAAAGUCACCUGUCUCAGUGGUGAAAACAUCCUAAUAAAAUGCACAUAUUAAACUCC